ACACAUCUGGUACAUUAGCCGUAUAGUAUUGUGCCGUGUAUAGCGCCCGUUACUGCGUCCUGGUCCUGCUAACAGUUCUCGACUAGCAGUUAUCGCCAACAGGUGUUUUCUUCGUCGCCGGACGUCUUUCUCGCGUCGAGCAGUCGCACCACUCGCACCGCAGCUUGUGCCCACCACGACAAAACCGACACGGGACUUAAAGAAGAUUUUCUCAAGGUAACUGACCACCACCAGCGCAGACAACGCGGUCAGACACCGGGCUACCCCGCGACACACGAUUGGCGCACGCCACCACCCACAUCGACCCGCGUCUGCCGCACAAAACAUGUCGUCCCACGACGCCAACAACGAACAGGAGCCGCAGCAGGUGGCCGAGCCAACCGUUCGGCUGUGCGUGUUGCGCACCUGGCCCGACCACUUUGACGGGUACGGAUUCAACCUGCACGCCGAAAAGUCAAAAACAUCCGCGUCGUCGCCCAACGGCGGUCUGCCAUUCUCCGGCGGACAGUUCGUCGGCAAGGUGGACCGGGGCAGCCCGGCCGAGAGCGCCGGUCUCCGGGAGGGCGAUAGGAUCGUGCAGGUGGAUGGAGUGGACAUUGACGGCGAGACGCACUCCAAGGUGGUCGCCCGCAUCAAGAAGGGCUCGGCCGGGGACGGCGCUGAGGACGACAAUGAAUCAGUCAGCCGCUGUUCGCUGCUGGUGGUCGACCGCCGGGCAGACACGUACUACAGGGAGAAGGGCAUCAGAGUGCACGCCGACAUGGGGCUGCAGAUACUGGUGUUGCGCACACCUGAGGAGCCGACGCCCGAAUGCCUUGCGCUGCAGCCGCAGAAUGCCCCGAGCCCGAAAAACGCCGCGGUGGCCGACGACUCAGGAGCUAAGCAACAGCCGAACGACAGCGACGAGACUGCAAAGCCCACCAACUCUACGACUUCCACCACUACGACGUUAAAUCUGAACAUGACGGCUGCCGAGCUGCGCCGGCGGUUGGCCGAACGCAAGAAGCAAGACUCUCGACGCCCCGGCGGUGCUGGAGACGGAUCGUUAGAUUUCCGUAAAAAGUACGAGAUUGUCGACAAGUUGUGAAAAUGAAAAUAUUGUACUGGAUCUUUAUACACACAGCCGCAUACACACACAAGCAUUUUUAAAUACACGCGCCCUAAAUUAGUGAAUAGGAUAAUAUUAAUACCUACAAAAUAAUAUAUAUUAUUAUCAUAUUGUAAGUUUAUUAAUUAAGUAUUUAAAAAAAAAAAUUGUAUACCUUAGCGUUUAGUAUUUAUCGUCAUCCGUCCGAAUGUCUAUAAGGUUAUACAGGGUACAUAUACGUCAUAAACUCAUAUCCUUAAUAAUAGUCGCGCAUACGAUUAUAUCGCCGUGAUGCCGUUGUAUAUUUUUUUUAAUUUUUUUUCUCAUUUAUAAUUUGGUGCAGUCCGUCGUGUUACGCAAUUUAAAUUAAAUAUCAAACGUAUUUCGUAUUUUUAUAUUAUAUAUUAUUAUGUGUGUGCAUGAGCGUGACCAUCGUUUUCUGAUGUUCGAUUUCUUAAAUAAGAAGAAAACGUAUGAUACACACACACACACACACACACAUAUAAUAUUAUGUAUACACAAUAACCGUGUGUCAUAACAUACAAAAUACUUUAUACUUUAUUCUUAAUUUAGUGGUUAGUAUAUAUUAUUAUAUCAUAGUAAGUAAAUAAGCUCGCGACGAAGAUAUAAUAAGAUAGUCGUGCUGGCCUAUAGAAGAUAAUAAUCUACGUAAUUUAAUAACGUAGGUACUAGGUACGUCAUACGCAUAUAAUAAACUAUUAUUCUACACGACAUAUUAUUAUUGUCAUUAAUUAUUAUAACAUUAUAUUAUGAUUUAUGUAGUACUUAAUUAUACAUUUAUAAUAAUUAAAAACCAUAUUGCUCCAAAAAAAUACUUGUACGUAUUCAAUAUAAUAUUAUUAUGUGUUUAUAUAUUGUAAAACAUAUUUUAAAUAUAAAUAUAAUUUCUCGAA